AUGUCGUCAUCUCCAACCAGACGAGAAAUGAUUCACCUUGACGGCCGCACUCUUGAAGGAGGAGGUCAAUUAGUGCGUAUCGCGCUGGCCCUGUCCACCAUCACCGGCCAACCCAUUACAAUCGACAACAUUCGCGGCAACCGCAAGGGCAAGAAGGGUCUCAAAGCAUCCCACCUUGCUGCCAUAAAAUAUCUGGCAGACGUCAGCGGGAGUGACGUCUCAGGCGCCGAAGUGGGAUCGUCUUCAUUGACCUAUCAUCCCCCGGCAGAUGCAGAGACCCGCGUUCGGCAAAACGGAGAGAUCAACAUCCACCUCCCAACGGCUGGAUCUAUAUCACUGGUCUUUCAGGCUUUGUAUCCGUAUCUACUUUAUACAGGAAACUGUAUAAGCGACGAAGAACCACAGCCCGUCCGUGUGAGCAUCACAGGAGGCACGAACGUAUCCUUUUCGCCGUCAUAUGAUUACGUCUCGCAGGUCCUGGUACCGAAUUUCGCCGGGGUUGGGCUUCCACCGCUCGCCGUCCAUCUGGAGAAGAGAGGAUGGGGGACUGGACCGUUCAGUCUGGGGAAGAUGACGUUCGUCGUUCACCCGAUGCGCAGGAGCCAGGAGUCUCCUUAUGGGUUCCCGCGAGUCGAUCUAGACAGAUACCCGCGGGGCAAGAUCACCCAUAUCGAUAUCACGGUUUUGGCACCGGAUACUCUCCUUAUUGAUCAGAAUACACAUCGAAAGAAGGGAAAUUCACAAAGAUCGGACAAUACAUCUCAGUCUACGACUAUCCGCCAACUCAUCGAGUAUGAAACCGUGCGUAUCCUGCGCGCUCGACUCCGAAAGAUACACCACUCGGUAUUCAAAGAAGGAAGCGCGGGCCCACCAGACAGUCCGUAUGGAAACGACGAGAUCCCGCCUAUAAAUCUACGCGUCUCAGAAAGAACGCACCACCGCUCACAUAUUUACAUUCUCAUCGUGGCAUAUACAUCGAAUGGGUUCAGGAUAGGUCGAGAUUCGCUUUUCGGCGCUCACGGGGAGGAUUCUCUGGGAAAGACGUCCCACCGAAAAGGUCGACCGACAGAUGAUAGGAGUAUAGCUAUAGAACUGGUCGAGAGAUGCGUGGAUAAAUUUGAGGGUGAGUUGUAUGACCCACGGCUGCACGCUAUAUGUGAAGGACGUCAGCCCUGUGUGGACGAGUAUAUGCGAGAUCAGCUGGUUAUAUUCGAGGCGCUCGGCAGGUCUACGUCCAAGAAUGAAGCCGAUGGCAAGGAAAAAGAGGAUGAGGAGUAUUAUAGUCUCCAUACGCGGACAGCGCGGUGGGUAUGCAAGCAGAUGUUGGGCGUGGAGUGGUAA